ACUGAAUACACGUUAAUUUCUGAGACUGAUACCAAAUUAAAACUCCAUUUUCACAACGAAGAAUCCGAGCCACUACUCAAUUGACACUUUGAGGCAACCGAGAUCAGAAUGCAGGAUCAGGCACCCAAUUGUCAAAAAAGGCAUCUAAGGCAUGUGAGGCGUUAAGGUCGCACACUGUUUUAAUUUUACUUGUCAUCAAUCUGACGCCCACUGUUUAAUUUACCCCUUUAUCAGUUAUAUACAGCUCAUUCAGAUCUAUCAGACUAUCCUGAACAAAAAUCCGGUGAGGCAUUUGUGACCAGCAUCUGAUUCUGAGUUGCAGUUAAUACAAAGUUACAAUCACAAAGUGAGAGAUGGAGAAGCAAGGAAAGAGAAGUAACCGGUUGGUGCUAGUGCCAGGUUCAUUCCAGGGACACCUGAACCCGAUGCUUCAACUGGGCUCCAUUCUUUACUCCCGGGGCUUCUCCAUCACCAUUGCACACACCAAAUUUAACUCCCCCAACCCUUCAAAUCACCCUGAUUUUGAUUUUGUAACCAUCUCGGAUGCCUCGUAUGAUAGCGAUCUUUCCUCAGGGAAUAUACUAACUAUAAUCUCGCGUCUCAAUGUCAACUGCAAAGCUCCAUUUCAAGAAUGUUUGGCUCGGUUGAUGGAGAAACAUAAUUCGGUUGAAGAGAAAAUCUCCUGCAUCAUUUAUGAUGAAAUCAUGUAUUUCUCUGCAGCAGUGGCUGAUCAGCUGAAGCUUCCUAGCAUUAUCUUGCGCACAGCUGGUGCAGCCGCCGUCCUAUUUCGCGAUGCGACUGUCCCACAGGCAGUAGUUACCAAUUUCUUAAAAGGUCUUGGAUCAAAUGACAUAGUGCCCGAAUUUUAUCCCCUCAGGUUAAAGGAUCUACCUUUUUCGAAAUUCGGGUCAUUAGAAACAAUGUCAAAACUGGUGAAUGAGUUGCGAAAAACUGGAAAUUCUUCGGCUAUCAUCUAUAACACAGUAGAAUUCCUUGAGCAAUCCUCUCUGGCAAGGAUCCGACAACAAUGCCACCUUCCACUCUUCUCCAUUGGCCCUCUCAACAAAUUUGCGCCAGCCUUAUCAAGCAUCUUGUUCCACGAAGAUAUCAGCUGCAUGAGAUGGCUUGACAAGCAAACUAAUGAUAACACAGUAAUUUAUGUCAGCUUGGGGAGUAUAACACAGAUUGAUGAGAAUGAGCUAGCUGAAAUGGCGUGGGGCCUAGCCAACAGCAAGCAGCCUUUCUUAUGGGUGAUUCGACCAGGCUCAGUGCGUUGUUCAGAAUGGAUUGAGGCAUUGCCUGAAGGCUUUAAAGGAGCUAUUGGAGAAAGAGGAUGCAUUGUUAAAUGGGCGGCCCAGGAGAAGGUGUUGGCACAUGCCAAGGUGGGAGGAUUUUGGAGCCAUUGUGGCUGGAACUCAACAAUGGAAAGUCUAAGUGAAGGUGUUCCAAUGAUCUGCAGACCAAAUUCUGGAGACCAGAGGGUGAAUGCAAGAUAUAUUAGUCAUGUGUGGAAAGUGGGGUUGGAAUUGGAGAGUGAGUUGAAUAGAAGGGAAGUGGAAAGAGCAGUGAGAAGACUAAUGGUUGAUAAAGAGGGAUUGGAGAUGAGGCAGAAUGCCAUGGAAUUGAAGGAGAAGAUUCAACUUUGCCUUAAAGAAGGAGGUUCUUCUUACACUUCCUUGAAUGAGCUAGUAAAAUUUAUCAAGUCAUUUUGAUUGUAUUUGAUUGCGAAUUAUCAGUUAUGGUUAAUGAAGUUCAUAAAUUUAGAAUACAA